AGAAAAAACAAACAAAAUCCGAUGACCUUGAAUUCGAGCUUCGUUCUAGAGCUUAAGCACCAUGGAUGACAAUCGAAGCUCUGAAUCUCUCAAAAGGCAUGAUGAGAUUGAGAAAGAUCCUACUGCUUCGAGGAAGCUAGAAGAUAGUAAUGCCAAGUUAGUUCAAGAUCCUGAGGAAAUGGCACUCUAUGCAAAAGUGAGAUCACAAGAAGAGGAGAUUCAUAGUCUUCAGGAACAAAUUGCUGCUGCUUGUUUGAAGGAUAUGCAGCUGCUCAAUGAGAAGUGUGGGUUGGAGAGAAAAUGUGCUGAUCUUCGAGUGGCGAUUGAUGAGAAACAAAAUGAAUCAGUCACGGCAGCCUUGAAUGAAUUGGCUCGUCGAAAAGGUGAUCUUGAAGAAAAUUUGAAGUUGGCACAUGAUUUAAAGGUUACAGAAGAUGAGAGGUAUAUAUUCAUGACGUCCUUACUUGGUUUACUAGCUGAGUAUGGUGUUUGGCCUCGUGUUGCAAAUGCUACCGCUAUAUCCAGCGGCAUUAAGCACUUGCAUGAUCAGUUGCAAUGGAAGACUAAAGCGUGCACUGAUAGGAUUAGAGAAUUAUCAUCUAUUGUGGAAAAUCAACCUGGAACAGAGUUUAUUAAUAAAGACAACCAUGAUCCCAGAAAUUCGAAAAGUCAAGCUUCUUAUGGAUCCACGGAUCGUGGUAAUGAUUACCGGACCAAUGAACAACUUUUGCCACCAAUGGAAAAUGUUAUGAGAAACCCGUAUCAUAACGUUAUGCAAGACACUGAAGGUCUGAGAUUUAAUAAUCAGAUUGGCGGUGGAUCUCAAGGAAUUUUCCAGCAGCCGAAAAGGGAAAAUUUUGGAUAUCCUCUAAGUAGUGUGGCGGGGAAGGAAAUGAUUCGAGAAAGAGAAGAAAAAGCUGAGAAUUCUUCCAUGUUUGAUGCUUACAAUGGGAAUGAAGAGUUUGCUUCUCAUGUUUAUGAAGAGGGACCAGGAAUCGAUGGAUUUCAAAUUAUUGGAGAUGCAAUACCUGGAGAGAAAGUUCUUGGUUGUGGGUUUCCAGUGCGUGGAACCACUCUCUGUAUGUUUCAGUGGGUUCGGCAUCUUGAAGAUGGCACCAGACAAUACAUUGAGGGAGCCACCCAUCCAGAGUAUGUUGUAACUGCGGAUGAUGUAGAUAAACUGAUUGCUGUUGAAUGUAUUCCGAUGGAUGAUCAAGGUCGUCAGGGAGAAUUAGUGAGAUUAUUUGCUAAUGAUCAAAACAAGAUUAGUUGUGAUACAGAGAUGCAAACAGAAAUCGACACGUACAUAUCCCGAGGUCAAGCAAGCUUUAAUGUGCAGCUUCUGAUGGAUUCAUCAGAGAGUUGGGAACCUGCAACGGUUAUAUUGAAGAGAACUAGUUACCAGAUAAAAACGAACAACGUAGAAGCUCUAGUGAUCUCAGAGAAAUACUCAAAGGAACUCCAGAUAAAAGUACCGUGUGGAGACUCAACACAGUUUGUUCUGAUAAGUUAUGAUGGAUCUUCACAUCCUAUAAGCACACUCAAUAUCCGUAUGCGUGACACUCUAGUCUUGACGAUGAGGAUGCUUCAAAGCAAGGCACUGGACGAUCGCAGAAAAGGACGAGUUUAAUAAAAAAGUUAGUGGUGUGAGUAGAGAACAGAGAGAUCCAUCCUCGCGUCUUUCAAUCAAAGUUUUAAUAAAAUGGGUCUGCGAUUUUAUAUGUUUUUAUAAUUGAGUAAGUAUGAUUGAGUUAUCGCUAUAGUUUUUUGUAUUAUUAUAUAUAUAUAUAUUUUUUUGUCGUUUAGGUCUUUGUUUUUUCUCAACACGGGAAAAGGGGAAAAAAAAUCUUAUUGUAAAACAUUCACACUUUGUACUGAAGCUACAAGCCGUCGGAAUCUUCUGUGUUUUUGAAUUCCAAUUAAUAUUCUUUGCUCUUUAAUUUU